AUGGCCAGGACUUCAACGAGAUCCAAGAAGAAGGCACGAUGGAUCCUGGAGCCAGCUGAAAGAGUGAUCUGGUUAUCAGAAGAUGAUGGAAUUGUUUGUGAACCAACCAGCAAAACUGAAAAUAAUAGCUCAGGGGAAGAAGUUACUAACAGAGAAAAGAAAGAAAUAAGAUUGUGUUUGGAAACAUUCUUUGUUGUAGAAGAAAGGGAGGAUUUUCUAAUCGAGGGUGAUGACAGCAGUGUAGGCGAUGAUGGCAAGCUGUCCUUUGAUGAAUUCAAGGCUUACUUUACAGAUGGAGUCCUGAAUGCAGAAGAGAUGCAUGAAUUGUUUCGUACCAUUGAUAGCAAUAACACUGACAACCUCAACAUUGAAGAAAUAUGUGAGUAUUUUUCUCAACAUUUAGGAGAAUAUGAGAAUGUACUGGCAGCGCUGGAGGAUUUGAAUAUUUCUAUAUUAAAGGCAAUGGACAAAACAAAGAAAGAUUACCAGGAUUCGUGUAAUCUGGAACAAUUUGUGACUCGCUUUCUGUUGAAAGAAACAGUGAACCAGCUUCAGUCUUUGCAGAAUUCCUUGGAAUGUGCAAUGGAAACCACGGAGGAGCAGACACGCCAGGAAAGACAGGGUCCAGUGAAACCAGAGGUUCUGUCAAUUAACUGGUCAGGGAAACGAUCUAGUCGGAGGCUUCAGAGAACUAACAGCCUGUCUCCAAACAACACCAAUUUCAGCAUCCUAAACUCAGGUGUCCAUGCAGAUGAGGACAUCCAGUGGAUGACCCAGAUAAAUAGGCUCCAGAAGCUAAUUGACCGCCUAGAAAAGAAGGACUUGAAACUUGAACCACUGGAAGAAGAAAUAUUGGAGGGAAAUGCCAAAUCUCACAUACUUAUUGUUCAGCGGCAGAUGUCCAUACUUGAAGAGGAACUAGAGGAAUUUCGUCUAGCUUUGAGGCAGUACGUGGUAUCUGCAACUGCACAAACAGGAUGUUUGCACGUUUCUGUACAGAAACUUUCAUCUGAAUCCCGUUUUACACUUUAUGAAUUCUGGGAAAACACUAAUCUCUGGAAAAACCACAUCCAGACUAAUUACAGCAAGACCUUUCAAAGGAACAAUGUGGAUUUCUUGGACACUCCAGAACUAAUAACAACAAUGCUUGUGCCUGCAUCAUGGUGGGUUUUGAAUAAUAACUGA